AUGAGCAGCCAGACCAAGACCAAUGUGGAUGGAGUGCACAGUGAUGUGAAGGUGGUGGAGAGGCCACCUAAAGAAAGACCCUACGAUCUGUUGCUGCGGUUUCUUGGCCUCUCACUCACUCUAGUUGCAACCAUCGUUGUUGGUGUUGACAAUGAGACCAAAGUCAUCUCUUACGCUGAAAUGCAAUUCAAAGCCACUGCUAAGUGGGAAUAUAUGUCUGCUAUGGUGUUUUUCUUGGUGUCAAACGCAAUAGCAUGCUCAUAUGCAGCUGCAUCAUUGGUGAUAGCAGUGAUGGGAAAAAGCAGUGGAUCAAGAAAAGAUGAUGUGACACAUUUGGUGGUAACCGCCUUAGACCUUGUGGUGAUGGCACUGUUGUUCUCAGCCAAUGGUGCAGCAUGUGCAGUGGGAGUGAUAGCACAGAAGGGUAACUCGCACGUGCAAUGGAUGAAAGUGUGCGACGUCUUUGACGCCUAUUGCCGCCACGUGACAGCAGCAUUAGUCCUCUCCAUUAUUGGGUCCACAGUGUUUCUCUUGCUGGUGCUGCAUUCAUUUCUCAAACUCCAUUACAGAUCAAGAAGCUAG